AUGCGUACUGUUUUCACCGUACUCGUAGCGGCCUUGGCCAGUGCUGUAGUUGCGAGUCCUGCGGUACCACGGCAAGCUUCUAACUACGUCGGUUACCUUAUCUCGACCUUCUCUGAUGUUAAUCCAAAGAUCCAAUUCCAUCUCUCAAACGGAAACAGCGCAUCAAGCUUCAAGUUCUUGAAUAAGGGGAAUGCUGUGCUAGCUUCAACAGUGGGGUCGAAAGCUGUCCGAGAUAUUUUCCUCGCCACAAAUUCUGCCAGGUCUGAGUAUUAUUUACUUGCCACCGACCUCGAUGUUGAAGCUUCGGGGUUUUCAUGGGACAAAGCUACCAGGCAAGGGAGCCGUGGGAUUGUCGUUUGGAAGUCGUCCAACCUAGUUGAUUGGUCAGAAUCGUCACUUCGAACGGUUGAAAAGGAUACUGCAGGCAUGGUUUGGGCGCCCUCGGCAGUAUGGGACGACGAAACUUCCCAGUACUACCUAUUCUGGGCUUCACGACACUACUCCUCUUCGGAUACGAAUCAUACAGGAACAGCUACACUUGAUAAAAUCCGGUACGCAACUACGAAAGACUUCAGCACCUUUAGUGAGCCAGGCGACUACCUGGCCCCCGCGGAUACCCCCUUGAUAGACCAAGAAUUCCAAUACCUUGGAACGCCAGGAGCCUUCGCCAGAUUCUACAAGAAUGAGACGACCAGUUCGAUCUCCCAAGACAUUACCUCCGAUGGCCUUUUCGGCACUUGGACCCAUGUAGGCGACCAUAUCACAGGAGACUCUCAACGUGAAGGCCCGGCAUCGUUCGCCGACAAUGUGACGCCAGGUCUCUACCAUCUGCUACUUGAUGACUACACCCAAUAUAUUCCGUACGAAACCUCGGACAUCAAGUCUGCGGGAAGCUGGAAAAGGUCGAACACGUCUGGGUUUCCUACAGGCUUGAAACAUGGUUCCGUAACGCCGUUAACGCAGAAGGAAUAUGAUGCUGUAGCAGCGGCAUAUCCGGCGUAG